GUCGGUCGUGGUUUCAGUGUCUUUUUGGCUGUCGACUCUCAUUGACUGACUUUCCGCGUUGGUCGAUUUCAUUUUGUAAAAGUGAUUAUAGCGCGUGCGCAAUGACAAUUAGUCGGGAAUUGCGAGGUGCCGUCCAUCAACGGAGAACAAUCAGUUUGGUGCUCAAAGUUCUAAUUGUCGUGAUAUUGACUUCACGCAGACAAGGCCAUGCCAUUGAAUUGAACAAAAAUAAAGGAAUUAUGCUUCCCAAUCAACCGGAACAAAUCGUCAACGCUACCACCAACAUCACAAUCACUUGCGUGUUUAUCUACACGGCCGAAAUUAUCUGGAUAUUACCCAAACUCUAUUUUAAUUUUGAGAUUGAAAGACGAACCAACCGGACCACUUACACGACUUUUACGAACGAGACGGAAGGACAGACGUACACCUACUCUACGAUGACGCUGGCCAAGGCCAAAAUUGAAGACACGGGAUCGUACAAGUGUCACCUGAAACCAUUCCCUGACCUUCAAGUUGUGCAAUACAUCUACGUUUACGACGGAAAGAAACUUGUGUUUGACGGCGCAGGGGUGGACAGAAUUACCCUGAAGCAUGGCCAAAGGGCUGAAAUUCCCUGCAAAGUGACCCAUCCGAAUGUUCGUGUCACACUGAAACGCAACAACCUGAUUACCGUCGAAACUUUAUCCAAGGAGGAACUACAAAAGGAUUUAUUAACUGUUCCAAAUACCAAAUGGAUAUUUUAUAAGCAAACGGGACUGACGCUGAAUAAGGCCAAGUUAAGCGACUACGGGAGGUACGAUUGCCAUGGAACACUGGGGAACAUCACCUCGAAAAUAUCAUUCACCGUCGUUGUUACAGACGGAAUUGAAUUGACAAGGGACGGGGAUGAUGGUCUACUGCUGGAAGGAAGUAACGUCACGUUAAUCUGCAGGGCUUACUUGUUUUCCUUACCACCCAAAUGGGCGUAUUACCUCAAGGAUGAGGACAAUCACCCAAUCUACAUCGAUAAAACUAACCCCCAGCUCGAUGGUCUGACAAUAGUGACGGAAAACUCGACUCUUAAAGGAGAAUUUCAAAAAAUGUACAAGAGCUAUUUGAAAUAUAGGAACGUGAGCAAGAAUUCACCAACAACAUUUCAAUGCAUGGAUGGAAACAUGAACGCUACUCGGACAUCGGUUGAAAGGGCACCGAUAUUGUCCUUCAAUGUUUUAGUGCCUCAGUCGCCAUUUAUUGUCGAUCCAAACAAUUCAACAAUUUUUCUGGUCAAGGACCAGCAAUUGAUUUUGAGGUGCGAAGGAUACGGACUGCCCCAACCCACCUUUCAGUGGAUCAAAAAUGGCAUCGUUAUAACCGGAAAAAACAACGUGUUACAGAGCGGCAAUUUGUCCUCAUUAAAUCUGCAUGGAAGACCCGGCGAAAACGGAACUUACGCCUGCCGAUUGCAAAACAGUCGACACGAAACCUUCAAAUUUUUCGCUGUCAAAUUCGCUGAAGAGUCUCAGCUGUCGACCAUUGUUAUCAGCGUGAUCAUCGUUUUGGCAGUUGUUCUGAUAGCUGCCAUUGGCCUCAGCAUCAAAUUGUAUCGCGAAAAGAUAUUCCUACUGAACUUGUAUUCUGGAGCGCAAGCUCUGCUCAGAGGAAACCCUAACGCAAUCAACGAAGAAUUGAAUUUGGACUACCAGAUUGAAGUAUUACCUUAUGAUAGACGAUGGGAAUUCCCAAGAAAUCGGCUCAAACUCGGUGUACAACUGGGAGCUGGAUGUUUCGGCCGAGUCGUCAAAGCCGAGGCGGUCGGAGUCAAAGACUCUGAGGAAAACGUUCAAACGGUGGCCGUCAAAAUGAUUCGCUCUCAAACCAAUGCCGCUGCUCUCGAGGCUUUGGUCAGUGAAUUAAAAAUUAUGAUUUACUUGGGGGCGCAUUUAAACGUGGUCAAUUUACUGGGGGCCUGCACCAAAAGCAUCAUAAGAGGAAAAUUGUUGGUGGUUGUCGAGUACUGCCGAUUUGGCAAUUUGCAAACGUACUUGAUCAAUCACCGAAAUAAUUUUGUCAAUCAAGUCGACGAACUUGGAAAUGUCUUGUCGGAUGCGGAAAUGCAGGAAAUCAACACUGCAGCUGCAGGCAGCAUGAACAGGAAAGAGUGCCCCAUUGAUGGGGAUGGAGAUUUGGUAAUCGUUCGAGAUAUACCCGAAGCAGUGAGAUAUGUAAAAGAAAAAACAAGAUCGGGAUCGGCACAUGUUAAAUCAAGAGUCGAUGGUGUGAAUUUGAGAGAUGAAUGUGAAGAGCCUAUGUCGUUCGGAGUUUGCCAAGAAGACCCCGAUACCAAAUUCCAUGAACUGACCAUGUCCACAGCGGAUUUAAUUUCUUGGUCAUUCCAAAUUGCCAGGGGAAUGGAUUAUUUGACCAGCAAAAAGGUUCUACAUGGCGAUUUAGCUGCGCGUAAUGUUCUCCUGGCCGACGACGGAGUGGCCAAAGUUGCCGAUUUUGGUAUGGCCCGUAAAAUGUAUUACGAAGGGAAUUAUCAACAGUCAGGGCAGAAAUUGAUGCCAAUCAAGUGGAUGGCAAUUGAAUCCUUGACGGAUCGAAUCUUUUCCACCCAGUCCGACGUCUGGUCGUACGGUGUCCUCCUCUGGGAAAUCUUUACCCUGGGAAAAGUCCCCUACCCAGGAUUGGAAGGUAAUCAUCAACUCGUCCGCCAAUUGGAAAAUGGAUACCGGAUGGAGAAACCCGCUUAUGCACCCAAUUACAUAGGCGAAAUUAUGGCCGGCUGCUGGAAAGCGGAUCCAAAAGAGAGGCCAUCUUUCAAUGAAAUGGAGCAAAUAAUCAGCAGCCAAAUGGAGUCGACAGUCAGCGACCACUAUUUAAAUUUAAAUAGUUCAUACGAAAAUCUCAACGAAGAGAAAGUCAACGCCUCUCCCACCGAACUUUUGGGGCUUGCUAAAGCGCUGGAAUCUAAAGAGAAAGUCGGAAAAAUGAACUCAACAUUGGCAUUAAGCAACACCCAAACAAAAGUAGAGAAACUUAGCCUACGAAAUAACCCUGAACAAGUGGAAUCGAAAAUUUGCAGUGCAACGUCGACAGAACUGAGAGUCUUUCCAAUCGGAUAACACGCGGGGGAUUUGGUUUGCAUCAAGAUUUUCCUGAGGUGCUUUAAAGUCAACUGAACUGUUUUCUCUUUCAAAAAAUUUAAAGUUUACUUCUACCGUCCCAAGGGUGACAUUUUAAAUCAUAAAAAUUAAUUUAACUUAACAUGUAGAAGUUAAACUGAAUCAGUGGAAAUGGGAAAAAAAUGAGUUGGGCUUGUUCCAGUCGGUUGUACCUCUCGACAUAAUUUGUGGCAAUGAAACUUUGAUUUAAAUUUAAACAUUCCACCCGAUGUAUUGACUUUAGUUUUACAUUUUCUGGAUGGGUUUCAAGCCCAGGAGAGAGAAACACUGGGCCAUGACAUUUGCGGUGGCUUCACACAGAGCCAUUCGGUCCAUGUUGAUGUGGACAAUCUGACCGGUGGUUCGGUCUUUCUCCACACAAUAACAAACGUCAUAGAAUUCCGUGAAGGUGGUGCUUACUUCGUAAAGGAAUUCACAGAGCGGAUGAAGGCACAAAUCAAAUGUCAAACGGACAAUCGUCUCCGGGAACCGCAGUAAUAAUUUGGCCAGUUUCAUUUCCUUUUCGUGGCUCAGUGGAAUUCCGUCGGCAGCUGCUUUUUUUAUCUGCUCAUCCGUCACGUUGGCAGUGCGGGCGAUGCUUCUAAUCCGGGUGUAGGCGUAAAGGAGGUACACGGCCGUGUUGCCUUUGUCCUCCAACAUCU